AUGAACGAGGACGGAUCCAAGGUUGAGUACUGGGUGUGGAACCCCUUCAGAUCCAAGUUGGCUGCUGUUGUACUCUGUGGUGUGGACAACAUCUGGAUUAUCAUUGCAGGUUUUGGAAGUGCUCUGAGAGGAAUACCAAAAGGAUUUUGUCCUCGUUUUUACAAUAUCCAAGCAUCAAUAUGUAAUGGACUUGUUCAUAGGAGGAAAAUUCCUCUUCCGUUGAGAUGGUCUUUUCGCUCUAUUCAAGCAAGAAAUAAUCACUCACCAUCAGCUGUUGCACCUAAAGAUUAUUGUGAAACUUACAUCCAAUUUUUGAGAGACAAACGGAUAGUUCCUGAUUCAGAUCCUCCAAGCUCUAAGGAUGUGGACCUACUGUACCGGUUUAUAGAUAAGAGUAACAAGCUCAUGGUAUUAACUGGAGCUGGAAUGAGCACCGAGUCAGGAAUUCCUGAUUAUCGGAGUCCUAAUGGAGCAUACAGUUCUGGUUUCAAACCACUCACUCAUCAGGAGUUUGUUCGCUCUAUUCGAGCCCGACGGCGCUACUGGGCUAGGAGUUAUGCUGGAUGGAGAAGGUUCAGGCGAGCACAACCAAAUACAGCUCACUAUGCUCUUGCUUCACUAGAAAGAAUCGGCCGUGUUCACACGAUGGUUACCCAGAAUGUGGAUAGAUUGCAUCAUCGUGCUGGUAGUAAGCCAAUUGAGUUGCAUGGAAGUGUAUAUGAGGUAAUUUGCUUAGAUUGUGGAACAUCCAUCAGCCGGGAGUCAUUCCAAGAACAAGUGAAGGACCUCAACCCAAAGUGGGCUCUAGCUAUUGACAGUUUGGAAGAGGGACAACCUGGCUCGAGCAGAAGUUUUGGUAUGCAGCAGCGACCUGAUGGUGAUAUUGAGAUUGAUGAGAAGUUCUGGGAGCAAGAUUUUGACAUUCCUGGUUGCAGUCAGUGUGGUGGAGUGCUAAAACCUGAUGUUGUGAUGUUUGGUGAUAAUGUUCCAAUAGAGAGAGCUGAUAGCGCUAAGGAGGCUGCAAGAAACUGUGAUGCUCUUCUGGUGGUUGGUUCAGCGGUAAUGACGAUGUCUGCUUUUAGGCUGGCAAGGCUUGCACAUGAAGCAAAUGCUCCAAUCGCCGCGAUUAACAUUGGGGGCACGAGAGCUGAUAGCAUUAUAUCUUUGAAAAUCAAUGCGAGAUGUGGGGAGAUACUUCCCAGAGUACUUCGGAUGGGAAGUCUAGCUGUACCAAGCAUAAGCUGA